GAAAAUGAAAGGCCUUUUAGAGAACGCAAACUCUGUUCUGUAGUUUUUUUUUACAGACCACAUCGGGUUUUAAAUAAUGCAGAAAUUUUGGUAUAUAGAGGAAUUAAAUGAGAUGUCACAGAUGAUUCAUGGCUCCUCCCACCUCUUCUUCUCCCUCUUCCUCCAAACCCUCUCCUUCUCCUUCACUUCCCACUCCACUCCACCAUCAUUUCACUCCUAUUCCAGAGAGUGAAAGAGAAGAACAGGAGGAGGAAGGAAAUGAAGCAGGCGUGCGCAAGGAAACUUCUCUUAGGCACCACCCAACACCAAUCCAUCAUCAAUCUGGCAAUACCGGCAAGAAACCGCCGGACACCACCGGCGACGACUGUGCGGUCUCCUGUAACAGAUGCCGGCCGAGCGGACGCGAGAAAACGUCCGUCGUGCCGCUCAAUAACGGCAGGCAAUCAGUGUCGAUGGCGAGCCCCAACGGCAUAUUCCGGUCAAUUUUGGCGUCCUUGACCUGGAAGAGUCCCAAGCCGUCGCCGGACUCGUCGGGGGAGAAGGGGAGGGAGGAGCAGUGGAAGGUCGCCGUCGCUGAGCUCUCCCACAAGCUCAUCCAAGCCACCCGGAAGCGAGACGAAGCCACUCUGGAAGCUUCUAGACUCAAGCACUCCAUGGCCGAAUUAGAAAAGAAACUCAACAAGCUCGAAUUGUACUGCCAGAAUCUGAAAUCUGGCCUCGACGUUUGCAGCAACCGUUUACCGAAACAAGCAGGAGAUGUUCAAAUUAAAGAUUUCAUUACCAAAUCUCCCAAUAGCGAUAAGGUGAUCGACCAUUUCUUGGUAUUGGUAUCGGAGGCUCGCGCCUCGGUCCGGCUUAUGAGCCGCUCGCUCACCGCGCAGCUCCGGCAAAUGGGGCUCGGAGGCAGAGUCCAGGAGCGAAUUUCGAACCUACUGGAACCUUUCGACGCGAAGAUUUCGAUGUCGAAAACCCCUAAAAGCAUGCUCCUGUACCUCGAGGCCUUGCUGAACCGAUCCUUCUUCGAGGACUUCGAAUCCACCGGAUUUCAGAAGAACGCGGCGGAUAAAAUCCUGAACCCGGUCGAGCGAUGCGAGGCGAACUACUCUUCGUUUAGGGUUUUGCGCGGCUUAACCUGGGAGGAGGUAUUGAACAAGGGGACGAAGCAUUUCAGCGGGAGUUUCAGUGGGUUUUGCGAUCGGAAGAUGAGCGAGAUCGUGGGGAUGCUGGGGUGGAACAGGGCGUGGCCGGAGCCGCUGCUACAGGCUUUCUUCGCGGCCGCGAAGGCGGUGUGGCUGACGCACCUCCUGGCCACGGCGGUGCACCCGAGCCUGCCCAUUUUCAGGGUGGACAAAGGAGCGAAGUUCGAUUCGGCGUACAUGGAGGACGUCGCCGUCGGAGGAGGAGACAAAGCUCAGAAGAUGGUGCAGGCCAUGGUUCGGGUGAUGGCGGCGCCGGGGUUCUAUGUGUACGGCAACGUGGUCAAGUGCAAGGUGCUUUGCGGGUACUACAGCUGCAACCAUGGCAACGAGAGCAAUGGAAACGAUAAGGGUUUAUUAACCACGCCAUCUCCGUAGCUAGGGUUUAGACUUUUAGUUAAUUGUGUUAAUUAAAUAUUUAACUAUACUAAAUUAAACCUUUCUGGUUGUAAAUUAGAAUGGUUUUUGUUAUUAUCAUUACUAUUAUUUCUCUUUGGGUGUUGAAUUGAGGACUUUGGCAGUUUCUUGUUA